GAAGGAUGGCCGAGCCCGCGGGACCCCAGGCAACCAGCUGCUAGAAACACUUGGAUGAUUGGAAUUCAAGAUAUUUGGUUCGUGCUCUUACCCUGAGGUAGAGGAAAUAAGCACAAGAUAUUUCUGUAGUUCAGGCAAUUAAAGGAUCUGUCAUACUGAACUCUGCUUUGAAAGACUGGAAAGCCUCUUCUGUGUAGAAUUGAAAGAGACAUUUGACAGUUGUCUUGAAUAAAAAUUAAGGCAAAAAUGUCCGUCAUAGAUCCCUAUCAACACAUUGUGGUGGAACACCAGUAUUCACACAUAUUCACUGUGACAGUAAGGAAAGCCACAAAUGUCACAAAAGGAGCGAUUGGUGACAUGCUUGACACUCCAGAUCCCUAUGUGGAGCUGUUCAUCCCAUCCGCCCCUGAUUGCAGGAAGAGAACGAAACAUUUCAAUAACGAUGUGAAUCCUGUGUGGAACGAGACCUUUGAGUUCAUUUUGGACCCCAACCAAGAGAAUGUUCUUGAGGUUACUUUGAUGGAUGCCAACUACGUUAUGGAUGAGACUCUUGGCACAUCCACAUUUCCUAUAUCUUCUCUGAAACUAGGAGAGAAGAAGGAAGUCCAGUUAACUUUCAAUGAUGUCACAGAAAUGACUUUGGAAUUGUCUCUUGAAGUAUGCUCUUCAACUGAUCUCCGGUUCAGCAUGGCUCUGUGUGAUGAGGAGAAGAAAUUUCGGCAACAGCGAAAAGAUAAUAUCAUGCACAGUAUGAAAUCAUUUCUAGGAGAGGAAAACAGCAAGAACUUGACCACUUCCCGUGAUGUACCAGUGAUAGCGAUACUGGGUUCAGGAGGUGGAUUUCGUGCCAUGGUAGGGUUUGCUGGAGUCAUGAAAGCACUUUAUGAAUCAGGAAUUUUAGACUGUGCGGCUUACAUUGCUGGUCUCUCAGGAUCUACGUGGUACAUGUCAACUUUGUAUUCACACCCAGAUUUUCCAGAAAAAGGACCGAAAGAGAUUAAUCAAGAAUUGAUGAACUCUGUGAGUCACAACCCACUUCUGCUGCUCACUCCUCAGAAAGUCAAACGCUACAUUGAAGCACUGUGGAAUAAGAAAAGCUCAGGGCAACCUGUCACCUUCACAGAUAUCUUUGGAAUGCUAAUAGGUGAAACACUUAUCCAUAAUAGAAUGGACACCACUUUGAGCAACAUGAAAGAGAAAAUCAAUAAUGCACAGUGUGCUCUCCCACUCUUCACAUGUCUCCAUGUCAAACCAGAUGUCUCAGAGCUUAUGUUUGCAGACUGGGUGGAAUUCAGUCCGUAUGAGAUUGGUAUGGCAAAGUAUGGCACUUUUAUGUCUCCUGAUUUGUUUGGAAGCAAAUUUUUUAUGGGGACAGUGGUGAAGAAGUAUAGUGAAAAUCCCUUGCAUUUCUUGAUGGGUGUCUGGGGCAGUGCAUUUUCUAUAUUAUUUAACAGAGUGCUUGGCGUCUCCAAUUCUCAAAAUAAAGGUCCCACCAUGGAAGAAGAAUUAGAAAAUAUUAGGCUAAAGCACCUUGUAAGCAAUGACAGUUCAGACAGUGAAGAUGAAUCACAUCAUCCAAAAGGCACUGAAAAUGCUGAGGCAAAUCAAGAAUAUCAGAACAGCAGCCAAGAAAGCUGGGUGCAGCGAAUGCUGAUGGCUUUGGUGGGUGAUAGCACCCUUUUCAACACCAGGGAAGGGCGUGCUGGGAAAGUGCACAACUUCAUGCUGGGAUUGAACCUCAAUAGCUGUUACCCGCUCUCUCCUCUGGCAGACCUUCUUACUCAGGAGUCCGUGGAGGAAGAUGAACUAGAUGCAGCUGUUGCAGAUCCUGAUGAGUUUGAGAGGAUAUAUGAGCCACUAGAUGUGAAGAGCAAAAAGAUUCAUAUAGUGGACAGUGGGCUUACAUUUAACCUGCCGUACCCACUUAUCUUAAGACCUCAAAGAGGCGUUGAUCUCAUCAUCUCUUUUGAUUUUUCAGCAAGGCCAAGUGAUUCCAGUCCCCCUUUCAAAGAAAUUUUGCUUGCUGAAAAAUGGGCCAAAAUGAACAAGCUUCCUUUUCCAAAAAUAGACCCAAAUGUAUUUGAUCGAGAGGGCAUGAAGGAGUGCUAUGUUUUCAAACCAAAGGAUACCUCUUCGGAGAAAGACUGUCCAACUAUAAUCCAUUUUGUUUUGGCCAACAUCAACUUCCGGAAGUACAAAGCUCCAGGCGUUCCAAGAGAAACACAGGAAGAGAAGGAUUUUGCAGACUUUGACAUUUUUGAUGAUCCAAAUACACCAUUCUCUACCUUCAACUUCCAGUAUCCCAAUGAGGCUUUCAAGAGGCUUCAUGAUCUCAUGGAGUUCAACACCCUCAAUAACAUAGAUGUGAUCAAGCAAGCUAUGAUAGAAAGCAUUGAAUACAGGAAAGAGAAUCCAUCUCGCUGCUCCGUGUCUCUUAGCAGUGUUGAAGCAAGGAGAUUCUUUAAUAAGAACAAUCUUAACAACAACCAUACGUAGAGGAUGUGUCGUAGGUCCCACUCCUUCAAGAAACUGGUUCUAUCUUUAUAACUGGAGUCAAAAAGACAUUGUCAGAGCAUCACUGCUCCUGAACAGGGCUGUGCAAAACUCCUGAAAACAUUUUCUUGUAAAUUUUCAAGUAUCAAUAUAAUUUUGUACUUCUUUUUUUUAAACUAAAAACAUUGACAACAUUUCAGUAUGCAGUAUGAGAUAUCCUUAUUUUAAAAACUAUGGAAUUAGUUUAUUUUGACUAUGGUCAUUGGGUUCAGUGUUGGGGUGUUUUUUUCUUACAAAAUUGUAAACACUGGUUGCUCGUAGUGGAGCAAUUGUCUGAUUUUUAAUUGAUGUGAACUGGGCAUAUCUUGAAACUUAAGAUGGAAUUAGAAACACAAUAGAAUAAAACUUUAGUAACAGAGACAAUAUGUAUACCUGGGCUUGGGCCCAGAUUCCACUCGGCUUUGUAUCAAUGAGAUUUCCUCUGACUUUGGUUUGAAAAGUCAAUAAUUGCUAACUACUGCUGGGCAACAGCACCUCCCUACUACAUUAAGUCGCUUGGCUGCUUACUAGCUCUGUUAAGUUUGACUUCUUAUACUGGAAGGGGUUUUGGUCACUAAUAACCGUUGGCUAUAUUGGCCUUACCAAAACUCCAUCAUCAGGCUGUGUUUCAAAUUUCACUUUUCUUGCAUGAGUGGUGUCUCUUAAAAAAAACCAACAAACUUUUGAUAACAAAUGGGUAUCAAAGAAAUGGGGUUUAUACGUCUUUGAUAUUAUAAGUAGGAUCCUCAGCUGGUUAUUAAUGCCAGUAGAGCUUUUGUAACUGAUGCUAAGAAGGAUCUGCUCCUGAAUCUUUUAAUCUCAAAUAUUUUCACAAAAACUGAAGUCCACUUUACUACUGUUUAAGAAUGUAUGUAUCCACUCAGCAAAAAAUCCAACCUCUUAUAUUUUCUUUUUCUCUUUUGUUCCACAAAAUUACAUUGCUUGAAUUCUUGAGCUAGUAGCACCUGUAUGUUAAAUUAUUGUUAGUUCAUGUAUUUCUGACCAAAAUGUUUAUGGAUAAAUUAAAAGUGAUUUUGCAUUUGAUCAUGAUUAAAAGCAUCGCAUUUUUGCAAAGGGACAGUGGCAAUGUUUACCGGGGUUAGAUAAAACGUUCCUAGGUAAGAAUGUGAAGUAGUUCAUGUGUUAAGGGCUAUUUUUAAGAAUAUAUAGUUAGUAUGUUGCAUUAUGAAAGACUGUGCAUAGACUUAGAUUAUUCUGGUACCAUCUCAACAAGUGUUAACUCUGCAAAUGCAUAGAAGAAUGCAGUCGCACUUCCGAAAACUUCCAGCCUCCUUUGAGAUAAUGUCAUCGGCAAGGGUGUGACGUGGGAAAGAGCGAAAGGAACUGCCGAGGUCGGCGAUGGCCUUGCACUGUGUGCAAGCUCUGGGAGUCACACGUUUUCGGGGCGCUUGGCUGGCUUGUUUUGUUUUCUGAAAGUUGGUGGGAUUAACUCUCGGCAAAUGCACCUGGCAGGCCCGGCGGUUGUUCCUUAGCCGCUUUCUUCUGGAGUUUGAAGAAGAUAGUAGGGGCUGAAUAGUUUAGUUCGAGCUGAGAUUGCUGUCUCCGAGAGUUAAUGCGAAAGAACAUACAAAGGUGUUUGCGGAGGUGAGAACGGGAAAAACACGUCCCCAGCUGCCCUGCGGGUUGCUUGUCCACCGCUCCACAGCAGAUGGAGAAGAAAAGCACUCCUUUCACUAGGAUUGUCGUCACGGUGGAAACAAAGCGCGUUGCAAGUAGGAUGAUGUGCAGUGUCGUGGUCAGAAGGCACGCGUGUUUCUCUUCAAGAGCUGUAAGUGGAAUUUCGGUCUCAAGAUUUCUGUUGACAUUAAUAGGGUUCGGAUUUCACCCUCUGUCCUUCUGAAAGGGCUGUCAGGAUGCUAGCAAGCGCAAAGAUCAUGGUCUCAAUGAAUGCCAUCACUUUGUGCAGAGACUCUUUGAAGCGUCGCUGAUCUUUCGUUUGAUAGUUUUCUGACAAUUUUUACAUUAACUGCUCGUUUAUCAGAGUUUAUUGCUAAUUCCGUGGCUGUUCCUUUUAUUGUGAAUUAUUGAGCUACUUUUAAUUGCUAAAAUCUGUAAGCCCAUGGGAAGGGAAGUAAUUAUAAUGCAUUUCUUUUAACAGCCACUGCAUCAUCCCUCCUUAAAUCUACAUGCAAUGUUACAUGAUUAAUAACAUUUUCUGUAUUGAUCAAUAGGGUUUUUUUCUGUUUGAGUUAGUGCAUGUUUAAACUCAAGAGAGAAAAUACAAGUAACUUAUCUUAGUGCUGCAUAAUUUAAACAUUUUCAAUAAAUUUUGGAAUACAGGAAGAAACUGGUACUGUUAUUUUAUUGUAAUAUUUUCUUUUUAAUGUUUUUUUUUCAUUUUGUUGCCAUAAUAUUUUUAUUUUUUAUUUUAUAAUAUGUACCUACUCUGUUUUAUGGAAGUGUUUUAUCAUGCUUUAUACAGUUUAUAUUAUCACAGCGUUAUCAGACAAUAAAAAAUAAAACUUAACUGUAUUUGGCA